AUUGCAUCGUCCCCUCGUCAUCUUAUCAUUUUCGUCGCUUUCUUCGCUGAGACCCUGUUUUCUUGUAUUCGUAUCAAUCAUAUUUUUAUUCAUUUUCUAGCCGCAUUCUUCCAUUCAAUUCUACAGCCAGAAUGACCCGAACCCACCCCAGCUCCUUUCAGCAGCUGGAAAAGCUCGGUGAAGGAACUUAUGCCACGGUACUUAGCUGUCCCGCCCCGCCGCCCCCUACCCGUCCCCCGCGAUGAUGAACACCUAGCUUACCUGCGGCAGGUCUACAAGGGCCGGAAUUGCCAAACAGGGGAGAUGGUGGCGCUGAAGGAGAUUCACCUCGACUCGGAAGAAGGGACGCCAUCUACGGCGAUUCGCGAGAUUUCUCUAAUGAAGGAACUGCACCACGAUAACAUCCUUUCGCUAUACGACGUCGUGCACACCGAGAAUAAGCUCAUGCUAGUAUUCGAGUACAUGGACCAGGACCUGAAGAAAUAUAUGGACACACACGGAAAUCAUGGUCAACUUGAGCCCGCGAUAGUCAAGUCAUUCGCUUUUCAGCUUCUGCGGGGUAUCGCGUUUUGCCACGAUAAUCGGAUACUCCACCGCGAUCUCAAACCCCAGAAUCUGCUUAUCAACUCCAAGGGCCAACUCAAACUCGCCGAUUUCGGCCUUGCGCGCGCGUUCGGAAUUCCAGUCAACACAUUCUCUAAUGAGGUAGUUACGCUCUGGUACCGCGCACCAGACGUGCUCCUCGGCAGCCGCACCUAUAAUACGACAAUCGAUAUCUGGUCGAUCGGUUGCAUCAUUGCGGAGAUGUUCACUGGGCGCGCGUUGUUUCCAGGCACGACGAAUGAGGACCAGCUUCAGAAGAUUUUCCGCGUCAUGGGCACGCCUUCUGAGCGUACUUGGCCUGGAGUUUCUCAGUUUCCGGAAUACAAAAGUGAUUUUCCCGUUUACCCUCCUCAGGACCUGCGACAAGUCGUCCCUAGGAUUGAUCCAUACGGUCUCGACCUACUCCGGUGUAUGUUGCGCCUUCAACCGGAUUUACGAAUCAGUGCCGUCGAUGCGCUGCGACAUCCUUGGUUUAAUGAUCCAGUUUCUGAUCUACCUAUUGAUCAUGGUAUGGAGGCUCUCACUUGA